AUGGCAGAACCAACUGCCUCAGCAUACGCAGACUGCAAGGAUUACGUGGCAGUUGCGCAGCUUGUCGAGCCUGUUCCCGUUCCAGCGCAUCGAUCUCACAACCCCGCCAACAAUCAGAAACGAACCGACCCAUUCCAGUUUGGCUCACGGUUUCUUGAAGAAGGUGAUGAUGUCUUUGAAUUCAAUGCCUGGGACCAUGUAGAGGCCGACCCAGAAUAUUAUGAAUAUGCUGAAAUACAAUAUGCGAGACAGCGAGCCUCUCCAGUUUCCGACUUUGACCGCCAGCGGUUUAAUUCUCAACCUGCAAAGUGGUGGAAUCUCUUCUACAAAAACAAUACAGGGAACUUCUUCAAAAAUCGCAAGUGGCUAAAGCAGGAAUUUCCGAUUCUGGGAGAAGUGACAGCCGCAGAUGCAGGCCCAAAGGUGGUGCUUGAAGUUGGAGCCGGCGCUGGCAACACAGCUUUCCCCGUUCUAUCGAAUAAUGAGAACGAACAACUAAUGGUCCAUGCUUAUGACUACUCUAAGACCGCUGUGGAGGUUAUGCGGAAAAGUGAAAAUUAUAAUGAGAAGAAUAUGCGAGCAGAUGUUUGGGAUGUUACCGCAACAGGCGAGGAUUCCCUUCCUCCAGGCCUCCAAAAAGAGUCCGUGGAUGUUGUCGUGAUGGUUUUCGUCUUUUCUGCUCUUGCUCCAGAGGAGUGGAAUAAUGCGGUAUCAAAUAUAUACCAGGUCUUGAAGCCUGGAGGCUAUGUCCUAUUCCGCGAUUAUGGAAAGGGUGACCUGGCACAGGUGCGGUUCAAAAAAGGACGUUGGAUGGGAGAGAACUUCUAUGUUAGAGGUGAUGGCACAAGAGUAUAUUUUUUUGAGAAGGAGGAGGUAUCCCAUAUAUGGGGCAGAUGGACCCCCCAGGGAGGUAUACCUGAUUUAAAAAAGGAUAACGACGACACAGCAGCCGACGAACAAAGCUCGCCCGAUCCUGGAUUUGAAAUUCUUAACAUGGACCUCGAUCGCCGAUUGAUUGUCAACCGUCAAAGAAAGCUGAAGAUGCAUCGAUGUUGGCUACAAGGGCGGUUCAGAAAGCGAACCCGGCACCAGUCUUCAGAGGAAGUCCCUCCGCCACUCGACCAGUCAAGCGAAUUAAAAAAUUAA